AUGGAGUCUUUGUCGGACGCCCCAUGGGAUGUGAUCAUCCAAGGCACUGGUCUUCCCCAAUCCCUCUUGGCACUGGCCCUCUCACGUUCUGGAAAGAAGGUUCUUCACCUGGACUCAAACCACUACUAUGGCGGUUCAGAGGCAGCCUUCAGUCUUGAUGAGGCCCAGGAAUGGGCAGCAGGUGUGAAUGAUGCCAUCACGGGAUCAUGUCCCUUCAGGGAUGUCUCGAUUUUGACACCACAGGCCCAAGAUACACCAGAUGCUUCUUUUCCCAAACUUGCUUCUAGUCGAUCCUACACCCUGUCACUGUCUCCGCAAUUUCUCUACACCCGCUCCAAACUAAUUUCAAGCCUUAUCUCCUCAAAGGUCUUCCGCCAGCUUGAGUUCAUGGCAGUUGGUAGCUGGUGGAUCUAUGCGCCUGGACAAACCGAAUCGGAGAAUAGCAACCCCGGUGCUGAAAAUGAUUUUUAUCGUGUACCUGGCAACCGGGAAGAUGUUUUCGCCGCAAAUCAUAUUAGCAUGAAGUCCAAGAGGUCUUUAAUGCGCUUGUUGCGUCACAUCACCAAACCCAAGGAUGAUGAAGACAAUGUUGAGGAUGAGGAAUUGUCUAUUCCCUUCCACGAUUAUUUGACUUCCAAGUUUAGCGUACCAGAGGAACUUCAUAAUCCUUUGUUGUCGCUUACGCUCUCCCAACUGCCGCAGAAGGAGACAUUGGCCGCUUAUGCCAUUCCCAGAAUCGAGAGACAUCUCACUUCCAUUGGUGCACUUGGUCCCGGGUUCGGCGCCGUGGUCGCCAAAUAUGGCGGCGGCGCUGAAAUACUUCAGGUUGCGUGUCGUGCUUCAGCUGUGGGCGGCGGUGUCUACGCCCUAAGUACAACGCUAAGUGAAGUCCGCCAUUCCCAGGAAGAUAAAGAACACCCUCUUCAGGUUAAGUUGCUCAGUGGAGAGUCACUUCAGACAAAAUUCGUGUUUGGGUCGAUGGCCGAUCAUCCUGAUGAAGGUGAUAUCUCAAAACCUCAUAUCGAAGUCGCCCGCUCCGUGACAGUGGUUUCGGCCACAUUCCCAUCCCUUUUCCCUGUCACGGUCGAAGGUGCUCCUUUGCCUGCCAGUACAGUUCUUAUGUUCCCAGGGGAAACCUUGGGUAACCCUCAAUCACCACCUGUGUACCUUCAAGUUCAUUCAAGUGACACAGGUGUUAUCUAUGGUAGCGUGGCACUUGCUGGAUCGGAGGGUCAAGCAUUACUUGAGUCCGCCAUCAACAGACUCGUUGAAGCAGAUGGUCCUGGAAGUUCCGUCCUCUGGUCUCUGCGAUACACACAUCGGGGACGUCUCAGCACUGACGAAACCAGGUGGGAACUUGACAGUGCUGUGCCUUGUUACUUGCGAUUCCCUCCCUCAAGUCUUGAUCUCUCAUUUGAGGACGACACUCUCGACCUUGUUAAGCAGGCGUGGAAGAAGGUCAUGGGAGAUGAAGUAGACGAUGAUGACUUUAUGGUCUUUGAAGAUCGCGAUGGCGCUUCCGACCAAUGA